AUGACUAUUGAUUACACCUGGUGGAAAGACGCUACAAUUUAUCAAAUUUACCCAGCUACAUUUGCAAAAGGGUUAAAAGGAAGAUACACUGGAAAUGAUAAGACAUUCGAUGGCGCUUGUGGUGACAUUCCCGGUAUCAUUUCCAAAUUGGACUACUUGAAGGAUUUUGUUGAUAUCAUUUGGCUCAGUCCUCAAUAUGAUUCACCACAAGAUGACAUGGGCUACGAUAUUAGUGAUUAUCAGAACAUCUAUCAUAGAUACGGUACCUUGGAAGAUAUGCAAAAAUUGAUUGACGGUUGUCACGAACGUGGUAUGAAAAUCAUUGCUGACUUGGUUAUCAAUCACACUUCAUCGGAACACGAGUGGUUCAAAGAAUCCAGAUCAUCCUUGGACAACCCAAAAAGAGACUGGUACAUUUGGAAAAAGCCAAGGUAUGACGAAAAAGGAAAUAGAUUACCACCAAACAACUGGUUGUCGUACUUUUCUGGAUCUGCUUGGGAAUACGAUGAAGCCACUGAUGAGUACUUUUUAAGGUUAUUUGCCAGUACUCAACCAGAUUUGAACUGGGAAAAUGAAGAAACCAGGAAUGCCAUUUACGACACUGCUUUGAAGUUCUGGUUUGACCGUGGAGUUGAUGGAUUCAGAAUUGAUACUGCUUGUUUGUACUCAAAAGAUCAAAGAUUCCUUGAUGCGCCCGUUGUUUACAAGGACCAAUAUUAUCAGCCAAGCGACAAAUACACAUCAAGUGGUCCUAGAAUUCAUGAAUUCCACAAGGAAAUGUUCAAUAAGGUCACUUCCAAAUAUGAUGUAAUGACUGUGGGUGAAGUUGGACAUUGCUCCAGAGAGCAAGCUUUGAAAUAUGUUAGUGCUUCCGAAAAGGAAAUGAAUAUGAUCUUCUUGUUUGACACUGUUGAUGUUGGAUCAGAUAAGAAUGACAGAUUCAGGUAUUAUGGGUUUGACUUGAAAGAUUUCAAAAAAGCGGUACAAGACCAAUGUGACUUCAUCGAAGGUACAGAUGCUUGGUCAACUGUAUUUAUUGAGAACCACGAUCAACCAAGAAGCAUCACGAGAUUUGGUGAUAAAAAGUAUCUAGCUAAGAGCGGUAAAUUGUUGGCCCUUUUACAAACCACUUUAACUGGUACCUUAUUCAUCUACCAAGGGCAAGAAAUUGGUAUGACCAAUUUGCCAAGAGAGUGGCCCAUUGAAGCGUAUAAAGAUAUCAAUACCAUCAACUACUACAACACUUUUAAAGAGAAGUACGGGUCCGAUCCUGAUUUUCCACAAAAGGAAGAGAAACUUAUGGAUCUUAUCAACUUGUUGGCUAGAGACCAUGCUAGAUCCCCAAUGCAAUGGGACGAUUCCGAAUUUGCUGGAUUUUCUGAAUACGAACCUUGGACUAAAGUCAAUCCAAAUUAUAAGGACAUCAAUGUUGCCAGUCAAAUUGAUGAUCCAAACUCAUUAUUGAACUUUUGGAAGAAAUCAUUGAAAGUGAGAAAAGAGUAUAAGGAUUUGUUGAUAUAUGGAUCAUUCGGAAUCUUGGAUUUUGAUAAUGAACGAGUUUUCACCUAUGUCAAGAGCUUGCCUAACUCUGAGUAUCCAAAAGCUUAUAUUGUGCUCAACUUUUCUAAAGAAUCCGCCAAAUUCAAUAAAUUGAUUGACGGAGAGUACAAAUUGAUCAAUGUUAAUAUUGGCAAAGAUGACCUCGACGAAGAUAAUUUAACCCCCUACGAAGGAAGAGUUUACAUUGUUGAUUAG